AUGACACACUUGUUUUCUCUUAUGCUAAUAGGCUCUGGGAGAUUCCUAGACUGGAAAGCUGUGAAUGCGGAGGGGGCUUCGGGAGGAAUUUUUAUAUGUUGGGAUAAGAGGACUUUGGACAUUAUAGAUUGGGAGGAGGGUCAGUUUACGCUAUCUUGUAGAUUCCGGAACGUAGAAAAUGGAAUUGUCUGGGCGUUUACAGGAGUUUAUGGCCCGUUCUCUAAAAUGGAAAGAAAUGCGUUAUGGGAGGAGUUUGGGGCAAUUAGAGGGUUGUGGGAAGACCCCUGGUGUAUAGGGGGGGAUUUUAAUAUUACUUUGUUUCCGAGGGAAAGGAGCAGACAAAGGAGAAUUAGUGCAGCAAUGAGGAAAUUUGCUGAAACUGUGAAUGACCUUGGGCUGGUGGAUCUUCCUCUUCAGGGGGGAGAAUGUACGUGGAAGGGGGGCCAGAAUAAUCAGACCUGGGCGCGUUUGGACAGGUUUCUGGUGUCUCCGUGCUGGUUAGAUCAAUUUAGUGGGAUAAAUCAAUGGAGACUGCCCCGCCCGGUGUCUGAUCACUUCCCAAUAAUGUUAGUGGGGGGUGGGAUAAGACGUGGGCCGACUCCAUUCAGAUUCGAAAAUAUGUGGCUUAAGGCUGAGGGAUUCAAAGAGCUGGUGCGUAGCUGGUGGCAAGGAAUUGAUGUAAGGGGCAGUGCUAGUUACAAGUUGGCUACUAAGAUGAAGGAAAUAAAAAAGAAGCUAAAAGUCUGGAAUAGGGAAGUUUUCGGUAAGCUGGAGAGCAACAAAUCUGAAGCAUUGCAGCAGGUGGAUUUCUGGGAUAGGGAGGAAGAGGAGAGAGUUCUGACUGUGGAGGAAACAGAGCUGAAGAAAGAAGCUAAAGAAAAUUACAGAAAAUGGGUGAUGAUGGAGGAAACCCACUGGAGACAGCUUUCAAGGGAAAUAUGGCUGAAGGAGGGGGAUAGAAACACGGGGUUCUUUCAUCGUAUGGCAAGUGCUCACCGUAGGAAUAAUUCUCUGGAGAGAAUUAAGAUCAAUGGGGAAUGGCUGCUAGAGGAGCAGGAAAUUAGGGAAGGAAUAGCUAAUGCGUUUAAAAAUUUUCUAUCAGAAGAUAAGGGGUGGAAGGCGGAUAUUGGGGGAAUUCAGCUUGAACAGAUCAGCCAUCAAGAGGCUGAGAAUCUGGAGAGGCCAUUUUCAGAAGAUGAAAUCCAUGCGGCCCUGAUGGAGAUGAAUGGGGAUAAAGCCCCUGGCCCGGAUGGCUUUACUCUGGCCUUUUGGCAAAGCUGUUGGGAGUUUAUCAAGGAGGAGAUUAUAGAAAUGUUCAAGGAGUUCUACGAGCAUAGCUCUUUCCUCAAGAGCCUUAACAACACUUUUUUGGUGUUGAUUCCCAAGAAAAGUUUCUUUCCUAGCUCUAAAGGUCUUAGACAAGGAGAUCCCCUGUCUCCUUAUCUCUUUGUGAUGGGGAUGGAAGUGUUAGAUGUUCUUAUAAGGAGAGCUGUGGAGGGGGGCUUCUUAUCAGGGUGUAUUAUAAGGGGUGGCAGUGAACCCUCGCUGAGUAUCUCUCAUUUGUUUUUUGCUGAUGAUACAAUCAUAUUCUGUGAGGCCAGGAAGGAGCAUCUAACCCACUUGAGUUGGAUUUUAUUCUGGUUUGAAGCGGCGUCAGGCCUAAGGAUUAAUCUAGCCAAGAGUGAAAUCAUUCCAGUUGGGGAAGUGGUGGAGAUGGAGGAGUUGGCUGUUGAGCUAGGUUGCAGGGUGGGGUCUUUACCGUCUCAGUACUUGGGUCUUCCCUUAGGGGCUCCUAAUAAAGCGCCUUAUAUGUGGGAUGGGGUGGAAGAGAGAGUUAGGAGGAGAUUAGCUCUUUGGAAACGGCAAUAUAUUUCUAAAGGAGGAAGAGUCACUUUAAUAAAGAGCACUUUGGCUAGUAUGCCAAUCUACCAAAUGUCUAUCUUCAGAAUGCCCAAGAUUGUUGCUAGAAGAUUGGAGAAAGUGCAAAGGGACUUCUUGUGGGAGGGGGAAAUAUGGAGGGGAAAAUUCACUUGGUGA